AUCUCCCCUUAUUUGGGUCACAACCAAAUUUAUUAGGAGUCGGAAUCAUAUUCCACGUCUGCCUGAGUGACUGCACCACGCAACUUUCUAUUUUGUGGUAAAUAAAACAAGCGCUCGCAGCUGAGAAUUUGACUCAGAAGCAUCCAGAGAAGGAGACGAAAUGGCACGUCUGUGCGGUUGGCUCUUUCUCGUGAUGACGGCUGUAGUUCAUCUCUCAUUUGCGACCUUCACACAUCAGCGAGAGAAACGUCAAUCCAGACCAACUGUCGAUUGCAGCAGACAAAAGUUCAAGACGCAUGACUCGAAUUGCUGCCCAAAUUCUGGAAAAAAUAUUUUCUUGGACACACAUUUAACUGCUUGCAAUCCACGGAGAGAUAGAAAUCUAGUUAAAUGGGCAAACAACUACAUGCUCAAUAGUUUGCAGAGCUUCAGGAAAAACAACAUCGUCGAUAUUUCUGAUCCAAGAACUACAAACAAGAUUUGUGGUGCAGCUGACUUUCUUAACUGUGUGUAUGAAUCCAAUGGACUUCUACUUUCGAAUGGAAGUAUUAAUUUGGCGGCAACGAUAGAUCAUUUUUCUUCCUUGCAAAAUGACGAUUUCUGGAAAGCGACGCUUUUUUCUGGAGGAACAAAUUUUGAACCUCUGGUUGAAAAAUUUUUACCAAUGGAAGUGAAAUACAUCACUUGUCCUGGCAUUAAAUCUGGUGACCAUCCCAGAAAUGUGUCUGCAGUCGCUUUUCUGUGGACGCAAAUCAUCAACGGUGCAUUUAUUACACAAUGCCCUGAAUCCAGUACAGCAAAUAGAUGCAAAGUGGUGACUGACAAUUUCAUCGUUUGCAUUAAACAUGUGGAAAGAUACCUGCUGGGCCGAGAAGACUCAAAAGAGUUAAAAACUGUAUUUGAUGCUUUCACCUCCAAGACUGAAAAAUGAAAACUUUUACUCUUCUGCUGUUUAAUUGUGUGAUAAAAACAUAAUAAUUAAUUGUGUCCUUUUCCAAGACAACAAUGUGUUAAAAUUGCCCAAAGAAAUUAAAUAAAAAAACCUUUA